AUGCAAGUCAUAGUACGGGAUCUUCUCAGAUUUGGAGUAAGGAAGUCGGAGGAGAUGUCACCGAAGAGAGUGGGGUCGGGAGUUUUAAGGAUUUAACAUUAUUUGAAUGUGUCGCCUGAGAAGAGACGACAGCACUGGAAUCAGUCCUUUCUGUUAUAAACUCCUUGAAGCUGGUCAUCAAAAGUUACAUUUGGUUCAUAAAACUCUUCUGUCUCAAAAUCCUUCUGUUCUAGGAUAAACUUCUCAACUGCACUCUGAGUUUGUUCUUCCACCAAGUUUGGCUGCAGUAAAUCUUGACUUGUUCUGUCAAGUAUAGAAAGAGAAGACUUGGAAAUCAGGAAGAAGACUUUCAGCUCAAUAGAACACAUUUUUGAAGAAAAUAGACCUCAUCUAGUUUGGAGGCAAGUACGGUAGCUUUCUAAAAAACAUAGCAUGUUUUAAUUAAGCAUAGAG